AUUGUAGGCCUAGGUUGUGGAGGAACAGUGAUUAACCAGUAUAACAAGAGAGACAUGACUAAGAUCUGCCGGGCUUAUUUUGAACAACACAUGGGCCGUCCCAACGUUCUCCUAAUGGGUGACUCUAUCGGUGACCUGCAGUUGGCUGACGGUUUAAUACAACCAGAAUAUGUCCUCAAAAUUGGCUUUUUGAACAGCCAUGUUGAUCAAAACCUUGAAGCUUACAAAAGCAAUUUUGACAUAGUUGUUGUGGAAGAUAGCACCAUGGAUGUCCCUAAUGCCGUUGUCAACAAGAUCAUGCUAUCAAGUCAAGAAAAUUGAGGAAGCAUUUAGCAAUACCAAUACUUCACUAAAACCUAUAAUUUUUGUAAUUGUUACCCAAUUUUCAGAAAAUACUC